CUCAGAUUCCUGUCAGCGGCGGCGGCGGUGGCGGCUGCCGUCAGUGUGCGCUGAGGAGAAGCCCGAAACGGACUCUUUGGCUCUCCCUCUCCCCUUCCCCGCCCGAACCUUCUUCUCUCUGGGCUCACCGGGAGUCCGAUCUCUACUCCGCAGAGCUGCUCUCCACCCCGCCGCCGCUCUCGUCGCUCGGCCGGGUGGGAAGUGACUGCCCUCGAGGAGGAGGAGGAGGAGGAGGCAGCGGCUGCCGCCCUCGCCUCGCCGCCCCCGGUUCGGUGCCCGCGGUCCCGGAGAGGAGGUGCCGCCGCCACCGCCGCUCCCCCCCCCUCCCGCUGCCCUCGGGCCGGGCUGGGUCGAGCUGCGAUGCCCUCGGACUUCAUCUCAUUGCUCAGCGCGGACCUAGACCUGGAAUCGCCCAAGUCCCUGUACUCGCGAGAUUCUCUGAAGUUACACCCAUCACAGAAUUUUCAUAGAGCUGGACUAUUGGAAGAAUCUGUCUAUGAUCUUCUCCCAAAGGAGUUACAGUUACCUCCACCUAGAGAAACUUCUGUAGCAUCAAUGAGUCAGACAAGUGGUGGUGAGGCAGGCUCGCCUCCUCCAGCUGUAGUUGCUGCUGAUGCUUCUUCAGCUCCCUCCUCCUCCUCCAUGGGCGGUGCUUGCAGCUCCUUUACCACCUCUUCCAGCCCUACCAUUUAUUCUACCUCAGUCACCGACAGCAAGGCUAUGCAAGUGGAGAGCUGCUCCUCAGCCGUGGGGGUAAGUAACAGAGGGGUAAGUGAAAAGCAGUUAACCGGUAACACAGUUCAGCAGCAUCCAUCAACCCCGAAGAGGCACACAGUUUUGUACAUCUCACCACCACCUGAGGACUUGCUGGAUAACAGUCGGAUGUCCUGCCAGGAUGAGGGGUGUGGAUUGGAGUCUGAGCAGAGCUGCAGUAUGUGGAUGGAGGAUUCCCCCUCCAACUUCAGUAACAUGAGCACCAGUUCCUACAAUGAUAACACUGAGGUACCUCGUAAAUCACGAAAACGAAAUCCAAAGCAGAGGCCGGGGGUCAAACGACGAGAUUGUGAAGAAUCUAAUAUGGAUAUAUUUGAUGCCGACAGUGCCAAAGCACCUCACUAUGUGCUUUCUCAGCUUACCACGGACAACAAAGGCAACUCAAAAGCUGGAAAUGGAACAUUGGACAACCAAAAGGGAACUGGAGUAAAGAAGAGCCCUAUGUUAUGUGGACAGUAUCCGGUUAAAAGUGAGGGGAAGGAGCUGAAGAUAGUUGUACAGCCUGAAACCCAGCACCGAGCUCGGUAUCUGACAGAGGGCAGCCGAGGCUCAGUAAAAGAUAGAACACAGCAAGGCUUUCCGACAGUGAAGCUGGAAGGUCAUAAUGAACCAGUAGUGUUGCAGGUGUUUGUGGGCAAUGAUUCUGGUCGAGUGAAACCGCAUGGAUUUUAUCAAGCCUGUAGGGUAACUGGACGAAAUACGACUCCCUGCAAAGAAGUAGACAUCGAAGGUACCACUGUUAUAGAAGUUGGUCUUGAUCCUAGCAACAACAUGACACUGGCGGUGGACUGCGUAGGAAUACUGAAGCUGAGGAAUGCUGAUGUUGAAGCCAGAAUAGGAAUUGCUGGUUCUAAGAAAAAGAGCACUCGUGCCAGAUUGGUUUUUCGAGUUAAUAUCAUAAGGAAGGAUGGAUCCACUCUGACAUUACAGACACCUUCUUCCCCCAUUUUGUGUACUCAGCCAGCAGGAGUUCCUGAGAUCUUAAAGAAAAGCUUGCAUAGCUGUUCAGUGAAAGGAGAGGAAGAAGUAUUUUUAAUUGGGAAGAACUUUCUGAAAGGAACUAAAGUUAUUUUCCAAGAAAAUAUUUCUGAUGAGAACUCUUGGAAAUCAGAAGCUGAAAUAGACAUGGAAUUGUUCCAUCAGAACCAUCUUAUUGUGAAGGUCCCCCCAUACCAUGACCAACAUAUAACUUUGCCUGUAUCAGUGGGAAUAUAUGUUGUGACCAAUGCUGGAAGAUCUCAUGAUGUUCAGCCAUUUACUUACACUCCAGAUCCAGCAGCAGCUGGUGCUUUGAAUGUGAAUGUGAAAAAGGAGGUAUCUAGUCCAGCAAGACCGUGCUCUUUUGAAGAAGCCAUGAAAGCAAUGAAAACGUCUGGAUGUAACUUAGAUAAGGUAAACAUUCUUCCUAAUGCCCUGAUCACUCCACUCAUAUCAAGCAGUAUGAUUAAGACUGAAGAUGUUACUCCAAUGGAAGUAACAGCAGAGAAAAGAUCUCCCCCUAUUUUUCAGGCUACAAAGACAGUUGGAUCAACUCAGCAAGCAUUAGAAACUAUUUCUAACAUAGCAGGAAAUUCAUCUUUUUCAUCCCCAUCAUCUUCCCAUUUACCUUCUGAAAACGAAAAUCCACAGCAACUUCAGCCCAAGGCAUACAACCCAGAGACCCUGACAACUAUCCAAACACAGGACAUCUCACAGCCUGGGACUUUUCCAGCAGUUUCUGCUUCUAGUCAGCUGCCCGGCAGUGAUGCACUACUACAGCAGGCUACACAGUUUCAGACAAGAGAAUCUCAGUCCAGAGACACAUUACAGUCAGAUGGCACAGUAGUUAAUUUGUCACAGUUGACUGAGGCAUCACAACAGCAGCAACAGUCCCCGCUACAAGAACAAGCACAGACGCUACAGCAGCAGAUCUCAUCAAAUAUUUUUCCAUCACCAAAUAGUGUGAGCCAGCUCCAGAGUACUAUUCAACAUCUGCAAGCAGGAAGUUUUACAGGUGGCACUGCUGGUAGCAGCAGUGGAAGUGUUGACUUGGUCCAGCAGGUUUUAGAGGCACAACAACAGUUAUCUUCUGUUCUGUUUUCUGCUCCAGAUGGUAAUGAAAACGUACAAGAACAGCUUAAUGCAGACAUUUUCCAAGUCAGUCAAAUUCAAAAUAGUGUAAGCCCUGGAAUGUUUUCCUCCUCAGAGCCUGCAGUUCACACCAGACCAGAUAACUUACUACCUGGGAGGGCUGACAGUGUCCAUCAACAGCCUGAAAACACACUGUCUAAUCAGCAGCAACAGCAGCAGCAGCAACAGCAGCAGCAGCAGCAGCAAGUGAUGGAGUCAUCAGCUGCAAUGGUGAUGGAGAUGCAGCAGAGCAUUUGCCAAGCAGCUGCCCAGAUUCAGUCAGAACUAUUUCCUUCGGCUGCUUCAGCAAAUGGAAGCCUUCAGCAGUCUCCAGUUUACCAGCAGCCUUCUCACAUGAUGAGUGCACUUCCUACCAGUGAGGACAUGCAAAUGCAAUGCGAGUUGUUCUCUUCUUCCCCCACAGUUUCUGGAAAUGAAACUUCUACAACCAACACGCCACAGGUUACAACCCCUGGCUCCACUAUGUUUCAGGCACCAAGUUCAGGAGAUGGGGAAGAAACUGGAGCACAGGCAAAACAAAUUCAGAACAGUGUCUUUCAGACAAUGGUACAAAUGCAGCACAGUGGGGACAGCCAACCUCAAGUAAACCUCUUUUCAUCUACAAAAAAUAUAAUGAGUGUUCAGAAUAGUGGUUCCCAACAGCAAGGGAAUAGCUUGUUCCAGCAAGGAAAUGAGAUGAUGUCACUUCAGUCUGGGAACUUUUUGCAGCAGUCUUCUCAUUCACAGGCUCAACUCUUUCAUCCUCAAAAUCCUAUUGCUGAUGCUCAGAACCUUUCCCAGGAAACUCAAAGUUCAAUUUUUCACAGUCAAAAUCCUAUUGUCCACAGUCAGACUUCCACAGCAUCCUCUGAACAGUUGCAGUCUUCAAUGUUUCACUCUCAGAAUACCAUCACUGUAUUACAAGGCUCUUCAGUUCCACAAGACCAGCAGUCACCCAACAUAUUUCUUUCCCAAACUAACACAGUAGCCCAAGAAGAACAGAUUUCAUUUUUUGCAGCACAGAACUCAAUUUCUCCACUUCAGUCAACAUCGAACACUGAGCAGCAAGCUGCUUUUCAACAGCAGCCUCCAAUCUCACACAUCCCAACACCUAUUCUUUCCCAGGAACAGGCACAAUCCACUCAGCAAGGUCUAUUUCAGCCUCAGGUGGCCCUUGGCUCCCUUCCAUCUAAUCCAAUGCCUCAAAACCAACAAGGAACAAUUUUCCAAACACAGCACUCAAUAGUUGGCAUGCAGAGUAACUCUCCAUCCCAGGAACAGCAGCAGCAGCAACAGCAGCAGCAACAACAGCAGCAGCAGCAGAGCAUUUUAUUCAGUAAUCAGAAUGCUAUGGCUACAAUGGCAUCUCAGAAGCAGCCACCACCAAACAUAAUAUUUAGCCCAAACCAAAACCCAAUGGCUAGUCAGGAGCAGCAGAACCAGUCAAUUUUUCAUCAGCAAAGUAAUAUGGCCCCAAUGAACCAAGAGCAACAGCCCAUGCAAUUUCAGAAUCAGCCUACGGUUUCCUCAAUUCAGAACCCGGGUCCAGCGCAGUCUGAGUCACCACAGACCUCCUUGUUCCAUAGUUCUCCUCAGAUCCAGUUAGUACAAGGAUCACCCAGUUCUCAAGAGCAGCAAGUCACACUCUUCCUCUCUCCAGCAUCCAUGUCUGCAUUGCAAACCAGUAUAAACCAACAAGAAAUGCAACAGUCUCCUCUUUAUUCAUCUCAGAACAACAUGCCUGGAAUCCAAGGAGCCACUUCUUCACCGCAGUCACAGGCUACUUUGUUUCAUAACACUGCAGGAGGCACAAUGAACCAACUACAGAAUUCUCCUGCCUCAUCUCAACAGACUUCCGGAAUGUUCUUAUUUGGCAUUCAAAAUAAUUGUAGUCAGCUUUUAACCUCUGGACCAGGUACCUUGCCAGAUCAGCUGAUGGCCAUAAAUCAGCCAGGCCAGACACAAAAUGAGGGCCAGGCUUCUGUGACAACUCUUCUUUCUCAGCAAAUGCCAGAGGCUUCCCCGCUGGCUGCUUCUGUGAACAGCAGUCAGAGCAUGGAGAAGAUUGAUUUGCUUGUUUCGUUGCAAAGCCAAGGGAACAAUUUAACUGGCUCCUUCUAAUGAGAUAUAAAUUCCAUGAAGAAAGUAAUGAUGAUUCCAAGAUGUCUUGAGAACUUGUGGUUCCAUGAAGAUUAUUGAACAGUUAUGAAGAACUGUGUUUGAGUAAAUGGGUAGAUUUCCUGGCUGUAAGAAUACACCUAUGCUGCCUGUUGCAGUAAUUUGCCACCAAUGUGCUUUUUGUUUCUAGUAACAGUGAUGACUGAGAAUAUGUUUAAUUUUCCAGCUGAUAGAAUUGUUGCUUUUGUCCUAGGUUUUUAAAUGCAAGGCUGGUCCUCUCAGUUAUUAUUGCUAUUAGAAAAUCACAUUUGUCAUGUUUACUUACUUUCUUAUUUUCUUUCCUAUAUUAUUUUAGUCAAGUAAUGGCUUAGGCAAAGUUGAGUAAUUACUAAGGCUGUGAUUUUGUUGAUGUUUAAAAAAAAAAGGAUGUUGGCCAAAGUGAAGGAGUUUCUAUCAGUUUUCAUGGAGAAGCUGAAAGGGAUAACUUACAAAAGAGCUGUAUUAAGAACUCUGCAGAUCCGAGGACUACUCAUCACACAUGUAUAGAUGACAUGCUUUCAAAACUGGAUACAGCUGGAAUGUUACUUAGUUCAUUUUUCAGAGAGUUGUUAGUUCUCUGUAUUUCUACUAAGGGAUUUAGCCAUAACUGCAUAAAAAUAUUUUGUUCUAUGAAAACAAAGGGGGUAAUACAUGA